GAUAGUUUGACAACUCAAUCAAAGGUCAAUUUGUGUUUUUUUUUUAACUAGUAGGAUCUUGUUUUAUUUUAAGUUGCUUAAUUAUCAAUAGUAAGCUUACGAUGAUGCAGCAAGUGGGCCUGAUGAAAUUUUCAUGGAAAUAUGUUGCAGGGUCAACAUGUUUAAGUUUUUGCAAAAGGACAAUUUCUGUGCUUAGUUCACAGAUGCAUUAUCAGUUUAUGCAGCAGUCGAAGUUGCCUACUCUAUAUUUUCAAAGCUCGUUGCCGAGGCUGCCAAUUCCUGAUAUAAAAUUGACAAUUGAGCGGUUUCUUUCAGCUGUAAAGCCGCUAUUAGACCAAGAAGAAUAUAACAAAACCGUUCGCAUUUUAUCAGACUUCCGAAACUGUGAUGGGGCUGAGUUACAGGCACUUUUACAGAAGAGCGAUACAUCAAAUAAACACACUAGUUACAUCUCUGAGCCAUGGUUUGACAUGUACCUGAGCGAUCGGAGCCCAUUACCACUUAACUAUAAUCCUUUGCUCAUAAUGAAGCAUGACAAGAGAAAUGAAUAUCAAAAUCAGCUUGUGCGUGCCACAAACUUAGUGAUAAGUUCUAUGAGAUUUUGGCGUUCAUUACAAGCAGAUCUCUUAGAACCCGAGAUUUACCAUUUGAAUGCAAAGAAAAGUGACACCCAAGGUUUUCGGAAUUUAGUGCGACUCGUGCCGCGUAAUGUAGCCACCUAUGCAGCAUAUGCUUUUAAGGCUUUUCCAUUGGAUAUGAGUCAGUAUAGCAGAUUGUUUGGAGUAUCUAGAAUACCAGGGAAAGGAAAAGAUUGGUUGGUGCAGCAUGAAAACUCAAAACAUAUAUUGGUUAUGCGUGGAGGAAACAUGUAUUCUGUAGAUGUGUUGGACAAAGAUGGCAACAUAGAACAACCUAGAGUGAUUAUGCGUCGUUUAAAUGCCGCUUUAAAUUUGGAUAAACAGGCCGGACCGUCUCCCGUGCCCAUUGGUGUUUUGACAUCUAUCAACCGAGAUGAAUGGGCCACCGUGCGGCAGCAUUUAAUCGAGAAUUUGGGAGCAGAAAACAAACGUUUAAUUGAAACGGAAGUGGAUUCGGCGCUAUUUUGCUUAUGUUUCGAUACUCCAGAUGAUCCCGUUUAUAAUGAAGAAAAUUUUGUACCAUUGCUAAAGCACCUACUUGCUGGAGAUGGAAAAAAUCGCUGGUUCGAUAAGUCUGUGUCACUAAUAGUAAGCGCGGAUGGUACAGCUGCAUUAAAUUUCGAACAUUCUUGGGGCGAUGGUGUUGCGGUCUUGAGAUAUUUUAAUGAAAUAUAUAAAGAAACAACCGAAAAUCCUUUUGCAAGUCCUAGUUUGGAGUUAGGCAAUGCGGGAGACACAAAUGCCGUAAGGUCAAUCACACUAAAGACAGAUGAACUAAUAAAAAGUGCGGUAGAGAAAACGGUUUUUACUAAUAACCAAUUAAUGAAGCGGCUUAAUAUAGACAUGCUUCGUUAUCCGCAGAUAAACAAGGUUUUAUGCAAACAGCACGGCUUAAGUCCUGAUGCGAUAAUGCAACUUUCUUUUCAAAUUGCAUACAAGCGUGCAUUUAACGGUUAUGUUGGCACUUAUGAAUCGUGUAGCACGGCUGCGUUUCGACAUGGUCGUACUGAGACUGUGCGACCGUGCACCAUGGCAACAAAAGAAUUUUGUGAGAGCCUUAUGCAAAGCCAAAGUAAGAAUCUUGAAUCAAAAGAAUUAUAUAGUUCUAUUAAACGGUGUUCCGAAGUGCAUAACAAGUUAGUGAAAGAGGCUGCCAUGGGGCAAGGCUUCGAUAGACACUUGUUUGCCUUAAAACACCAAGCUUUAGUACAUGGUAAACGUUUACCACAAAUAUAUGACAGCGAAGCAUAUGCAAAAAUCAAUCACAACAUAAUCAGUACAUCAACAUUAUCUUCAAAUGCUUUGCUGGCGGGCUCAUUUGGUCCUGUAGUUGCGGAUGGAUUGGGUAUUGGAUAUUCAAUACAGGAUGGCUAUUGUGGUGCGAUAGUAUCGUCUUACGAACAACAGCGUGAUGGAAAAGAAUUUGUUCACAACCUUGAAGCAGCAUUAAAAGACAUACACACUAUUUUAAAUACAAUUAAUUAGCAUGAGUUAUGUUUUUUAAAUAAAUUUUUAAACAGACAAUUAUUUUUAAUCCGUAACUGUCUGAGCUAUGUA